AUGAAUGUCAACAAGAAACUCGAUCGGUUUAAACAAUGGGCAGGAGAGCGGAUGGGCGGCGAAGUCAAGACCAAUGUGUCCGACGACUUCAAGGCCCUGGAGCUGGAGAUGGGCCUCCGUCAGGAGGGCCUCGAGAAAAUGCAGCGAUCGAUGAAUGCCUACAUUAAAGCCAUCUCCAAGCGAUCCGAGGUGGAGGGCAAGGAGAAAACACUUCCGAUCGCUUACAUGGGCGGGACCAUGAUUUCCCACGGUGAAGACUUUGAGACGGAUUCAGAAUACGGCCAGUGUCUCAACAUGUUUGGCCGGACACAGGAACGGUUGGCGCGCACACAAGAGACCUACAUCACAAACGCCACCACGUCCUGGCUGGAGUCUCUCGAAAGGUCUUUGGUCCAACUGAAGGAAUAUCAGGCCGCCCGCAAACGACUUGAGACGCGCCGACUGGCUUAUGAUACGUCGCUGGCGAAGAUGCAGAAGGCCAAGAAGGAGGAUUUCCGCGUCGAAGAGGAACUGCGGACUCAGAAGGCCAAAUAUGAAGAAUCAGCCGACGAUGUGCAGCGCCGGAUGGAGGAAAUCCGCGACUCAGACCCAGAGAGCGUGGCGGACCUUGCGGCGUUCCUUGACGCGGAACUGGCGUAUCACGAUCAAUGCAGAGAAGCACUGUUGCAACUGAGGAGCCAGUGGCCUGCCAGGGCCCAACUGUCAAACCGUAGUGGCCGUCCCAAUCCUCGGUCACGAUCAAACACUGUCCGGUCAUAUACUCAGACUGUUGAGCCCGCGGAAGAAACACCGGCAGUGGUCGAAGCGCGCCCGACCAUCAAGUCGAAUCGGAGUGGGCGUUUCGCUGACCAGCCGACUUCAGAAUAUUCGCCAGCACGCCCGAUCUACGCCAGAGCCACGACGUACAAUGACUCCCAUACAGCCAGGGAUCUGUCCCCGGCCACCAGGCCUGGCAUGACACGCAUCCCCAGCGACUCUUUAAUGAUUCGAACGGCCCGAUCGCAACUCCGAAGUGUAGAUGAACAGGACAUCUUUGCAGAUGAAUCCACAAACAGUGGUUCUGACCGCGGUUACGGGGAUCAAUCUGUGUCUCCUGCAACAUCCCAUGGCAGUGAAUCAGUGACCCUCCUAAGCGGCAAGAAGAGUGCUGUGCCGCCUCCACCUCCUCCGUCACGCUCAAAGAAGCCCCCACCUCCUCCUGUCCCGGCAAAGAGAACCGUUCUCACAUGA